AUGGAUACCAAAGAGAUAAAAUCCACCAUAUCGAAUCUCGAAAAGUCAACCGAUAUAACAACAAUCCUUAAAUUAUUAAAUAUCUUAAAUGAUGGAGUUAAACCAACUGAGAAACUUCUUAGAGAAACAAAAGUAGGGGUAGCUGUCAACAAGUUUAGAAGUCAUGACAAUACAGAAGUUAACUCUUUGGUUAAAAAGAUGAUUAGAUCUUGGAGAGAUGCUGUACAACAUGAAAAAACAUCCAAAAAGAAAGCUAUUGCUGCUGGUAAGAGUCCAAGUAAUACUUCUACUCCAACUUCUAGUGCAGUUUCAACUCCUGCAUCAUCUGCUAAUACUGGUGCUGCUACCGUUCCUGGAACAAAUUCUAGGUUCCAUCAAGGUCCACGUAAUCCAAAAACAGAUGGGGUUAAUAUUUCCCUAUAUGAUAAUCCAACUAGAAAUGCAUCUGUUAGUGCAUUGUAUACAUCACUUGCGGUUGAAAGAGAUGACCCUCCGGAACGUAUAUUAGCCGUAGCAUCCGAAAUAGAAACAGAAGUAUUCAAGAGUGAAUAUCUGAAUGUGAAUGAUUCUUAUCGUAAUAAACUUAGAAGUUUUACUAUGAAUCUUCGGAAUAAAAAGAAUCCAGAAUUAAGAGAAAGAUUACUUACUAAAAAGAUCUUACCUUCUACAUUUAUUAAAAUGACUCCCAAUGAAAUGGCUCCAGAAUCAUUAAAGAAAGAAAUUGAAAAAUUACAUAAACAAAAUUUAUUUGAUGCUCAAGGCGCUACUGAAAAGAGAGCAGUUACUGAUAGAUUUACUUGUGGGAAAUGUAAACAUAAGAAAGUUAGUUAUUAUCAAAUGCAAACAAGAUCUGCGGAUGAACCUUUAACUACUUUCUGUACUUGUGAGAACUGUGGUAAUAGAUGGAAGUUCUCUUAG